AUGCGACUUUUAGCAUUUUGGGGUCUGGGCGUAUCGGUGGUGUGGGGUUUUGCAUUCCUUAAGUCGUGGGAGCGAGAAAAUGCGUGCAUGCAGUAUGAGUGGACGGGCAAAUUGCACGUCAAGCAAAUUGAGUAUCGGAACAAACAGUUUUAUGGAGAGUCCCGGCUGAAUGCCUUGACAGGCGAUGUAGAAUUGGUGUACUCAGGGUGGCGACGCUUGCCCAAAUAUUUUUGCGUGUUUCUUUUUAUGUUGUGGCAGAUGCUGAUCAUGCUGGUCCUCGUAGCAAGCUGGGUCACCAUUUAUGAGAUUUUGAAGGCUACGUACAAGGAAAGCCACAUUUUUUCGACGCAGUGGUUUCUCAUCUUGCUUGAAGGGUGUGUAUUUGGUUUCUUCGUGGACGUUGUUCAGUGGAACAUGGUAGUCACGAAAAUGGGUGCUUUGUUCACGCAUUGGGAAAACUAUCGAACAGAGGAGCAGUACGAAAAGGCAUUGAUCCGCAAGCUUUUCUUGCUUGACUUUCUCAACUACUAUACUUGGUUCUUCUCACUAGCAUUCAUAUUUGUGAUUCCCGGUCUCGGCAAUUAUUUGACAAAUACCUUCAACCACAUGUUUUUCGGAGAUGCUAUGAAUUGCUGUUUCGGCCCAUAUGUGAACCAAGACGGUUCAUGUACCAUGUGUCCUGUGGGUGAUAAGGAUGCCACUUGCAUCGAGUGUAUCGGAUUCUUUACUUUUGAUCGCCACCACGUAGACUUGAGCGCCAUGUUUGUCACUCCCAUCGUUAUCACACAGCUUUUAAACAUUAUACUGAGGCUAGUGGCGCCCAUCCUCGUGCGAAAACGUCGUGAAAACGCUCAAGCUCGCGCUGACACACGAGCACAACAGUGCGUUCGCGAGGCAGGCUCAAUGAAGAUCUUAGGAUCGCUGGAUUAUGAAGACCAGAAGGAAUCCCAAUUCGGUAACAAGUCCAGCUCACGGUAUCUUGAGUAUACUCCGACAGAAAUCGAGGUGCUGAACAAAAAGGCUCGUGAGAUUCUAUUUGACAGCGAGCAAGAUACUUAUGAUCCAUAUGAUGACUUCCACGUGCUGACAGUGCAGUUCGGCUUCACUGUUAUGUUUUCAAUGCUGUGGCCGUUGAUGCCUUUUGCGUGCUUCUUGAUCAAUAGUGUAAAGAGCCGCACGGAUGGCUAUCGACUCUGCAAAACACUGAAGCGUCCGAUUCCACGACGAGCCAAUGGCAUUGGUGCUUGGAAUAGUAUUCUCACCGCUUACGCAUAUAUCGCCGUUAUCGUUAACGUCUUGCUAAUCUGCAUCUCAACUGGCGUGCUCGAGUUCUUUGACGAAACGUGCGUGAGCGACAUUCAACAUCAGCUCGAAAAACAAGGGAAGACUCUGGACGACUUUGUCUUUGGUCCGGACUUCGGCUGCCUGCAUAUUGCUUGGCGAUUACUGUUCAUCCUUCUGCUGGAGCACUUGUUUGUGGCGAUAGCUUACGUGAGUAUGCGGCAUGUUCCGCGUGUGCCCAGGUGGAUCAAGGAUGUCAUGAGUGCGCGAGAAAACAAGUUUAAAGGGCUACUGCGUGAGCACGAGCUGGACCUGUUUCCUCCCAACAGCAGCAGCGGCAAUGAGGGAAGCUGCGACAAUGGCAAGAGUGCAGAUGCGGGAAGUGACAAGAGCUCAAUGUCGUCGGAGGCAUGCCGUAUUGAUGUCAAGGGGCUCGUGAGCUUUGAGGGCAAUGCGUCAAGUGUGACAAACCGCAGCAUUCGUACGUCUUCAUCUCAAUCGUCGCCAUCUCGCUCAAUUUCGAUCGAUCCCAUGACACCGCUUUCACGAGCACCAAGCGACGCCGAAUUCCCGACCAGCACUGGUGUUCGCACAAAAGCUCGUGAAAAGCUGGCGCGGCAGUGGUCGGACGGCUCAGAGAAUUAG